AUGUCCUCCAAAGAAAUCUACAACAUCGUCAAACUUGUCCCCAAACCGGGCAAAUUUAACGAGGUCGCCGAAGCAUUCAAAACUCUCUCCAAAUACGUCCAGGAAAACGAACCCAAGACCCAAAUCUACUUUGCGCUUCAGCCGCAGGGGCCCGAGGAAUUUGUCCUUGUUGAGAAAUACACUGAUUCGCAGAAUCUGAAGGAGCAUGCCGCCACCACGCCGUUUAAGCAGUUCGCUAAGGCCAUUGGGGGCUUGCUAGCUCAGGCGCCGGAGAUCAAGAGAGCGGCGUUUGUUGCUGGGUUUGAUGGGAGGGCGAAGCUUUGA